CUCAACAUGCAGGUCAGUGGAGAGACAGGCCUCCAGCCUCAACAUGCAGGUCAGUGGAGAGACAGGCCUCCAUCCUCAACAUGCAGGUCAGUAGAGAGACAGGCCUCCAGCCUCAACAUGCAGGUCAGUGGAGAGACAGGCCUCCAGCCUCAACAUGCAGGUCAGUGGAGAGACAGGCCUCCAGCCUCAACAUGCAGGUCAGUGGAGAGACAGGCCUCCAUCCUCAACAUGCAGCUGUCUGACUGUAAGAAGCAUCUGGAUGAGCAGCAGGGAACAGUGGAAGUCCUGGAGGAGGGGAAGAAACGCCUGCAGAGAGACCUGGAGGCUGCCAACUCACAGUAUGAGGAGAAGGUGUGUGCCUAUGAUAAACUGGAGAAGAACAGGAUCAGACUACAGCAGGAACUGGAGGACAUUCUGAUGGACCUGGACAACCAGAGAACCUUGGUCUCUAACCUGGAAAAGAAACAGAGGAAGUUUGACCAGAUGCUAGCAGAGGAGCGUUCCAUCUCCGGUAAGUAUGCUGAGGAGCGUGACCGAGCGGAGGCGGAGGCCAGAGAGAAGGAGACGCGGGCGCUGGCUCUGGGGAGGGCCUUGGAGGAGAUGCAGGGCUCCCUGGAGGAGCAGGAGAGAAGCAACAAGGCCCUCAGGGCAGAGAUGGAGGACCUGGUCAGCUCCAAGGACGAUGUCGGGAAGAACGUCCAUGAGUUGGAGAAGACCAAGCGAGGUCUGGAGGCGGUGCUGGAUGAGAUGCGGACCCAGAUGGAGGAGCUGGAGGACGAGCUACAGGUCGCGGAGGAUGCUAAGCUACGUCUGGAGGUCAACACGCAGGCCAUGAAGACACAGCAUGACAGAGACCUGCAGGGACGAGACGCAGGGGAGGAGAGGAGGAAACAACUACUGAAACAGGUGCGUGAGCUGGAGGGUGAGCUGGAGGAGGAGAGGAGGCAGCGUGCGGGGGCGACAGCAGGGAGGAAGAAGCUGGAAGGAGAGGUGAAUGAUCUGGAGGACCAGGUGGAAGCCACCAGUAGGGGGCGUGACGAGGCCGUCAAACAGCUGCGCAAGAUACAGGCCCAGAUGAAGGAGCUCCAGAGGGAGGUGGAGGAUUCCCGUGCAGCCCAGAAGGAGGUACUGUCCUCAGCCAGGGAGUCAGAGAGGAGAGCCAAGACCCUGGAGGCCAGCUUCAUGCAGCUACAGGAGGACUUGGCUGCGGCAGAGAGGGCUCGUAAACAGGCCGAGACAGAGAGAGAUGAGAUGUCUGAGGAUCUGGCCAGCAACUCUGGAAAGUCUAUGAUGUCCGAUGAGAAGCGCCGUCUGGAGGCUAAGAUCAGCCAGCUAGAGGAAGAGCUGGAGGAGGAGCAGGCCAACAUGGAGAACCCCGGCCGCCUCCGGAAGACACAGCAACAGGUGGAUCAGUUGAGCAGUGAGCUGCAGGCUGAGCGUAGUUCCUCCCAGAGCAGUGAGGGCGCCAGACAGCAGCUUGAGAGGCAGAACAAGGAUCUGAAGGUCAAGCUACAGGAGAUGGAGGGUCAGGGAAGGUCAAAGUUCAAAUCCUCCAUCGCCGCCCUGGAGGCCAAACUACACCAGCUGGAGGAGCAGCUGGAGCUGGAGAACAGAGAGAGACAGACCAACGCUAAAGCAACGCGUCAGAAAGAGAAGAAACUGAAGGAUCUGACCAUCCAGAUGGAGGAAGACAGGAAACAGGCAGAGCAGUACAAGGACCAGGCGGAGAAGGCUAACGUGCGUGUGAAGCAGCUGAAGCGUCAGCUGGAGGAGGCGGAGGAGGAGUCUCAACGGGUUGCUGCGGGACGCAGGAAGUUACAGAGAGAACUGGACGAAGCCUCCGAGGCCAACGAUGCCCUCAGUAGGGAGGUGUCGGCCCUAAAGAGCAAACUCAGGCGAGGAGGAGGGGAGUCAUCUUUCAGCAGCAGUCCUCGACGCGUGGGGAGCGUUGGGAAUGUCAGCCUCAGUCGGACCGGGAGCCGGAGGAGCAGAGCUGGGGAUAAUGAAGGGAAUGGUGGGAAUUCUGAGAACACAAACAACGUUCCAGAAGAGGAGGAGCCUCUGUUCUCGUCCACCCCGCCUCCAGAGGACAUCAGCGGAACCCUGCCGGAAGAGUAGAGGGACAAAGUCUCACCCCUCCUUUUAAACACGGUCCUUCCUUCUUCCUGUCCUUCCCUGAC